AAAAGGGAAAUAACACGUUCUUCUUCACAAGAGAGAAUUGGGGAGAGAUAUUCAUCUAAUCCUUCUGGGAAAGAAUCAGGCCCUCUUUCUGGGUCUGUCUUUAGCCGUCAUAUUCCUGAUCAGCAAUCAGUUUUCAGGUUUUUCCUUGAUAUUUUCCUGUUUACUUGUAGUUGUAAUAUAUAAUCAAAGCUUUCCCUUUUUGUGUAUAUUUUAGAGUAAAAAAUAGGAGUUGUUAUGUUGAUGGGGUUUUGCUGUAUAUAUUGUUGAAAUUCUCUGCCUUUUCUGGGUUUUGAGUUUUAAUAGCUGUUUUAGUAGGCUGUCUUGUUAAUUUGGGGUUUGGGUUUGAUGGGUUGUGCUUAGCUUUGCUUGAAGCGAAUGUUUGUGGGAAGGCUGCUUUGACUAGAAAGUUGGGAUUUUUUUUUGUGGGAAGGCUGCUUUGUUUUUUUCACCCUUUCGUUCUCACAAAAGAUGGGUAUCUUCAGCUGAUUUAGAAGUAGUUGUGGUAGUUAUGAUGUGUGAAUUUGUUGCCUGUGGAGGAAGGUUCAACUUUUAUUGCUGAAUCCGAGUUGGGUAUAUAGGUUUUAUAGGUGUCUAGGUGGUCAGGCUUGAUUCAUAUUCCUUUCAAUUCACUAAGAGGUUGAAAGGGCCUGUGUCAUAAGAAGAGUUUCUGAAAAUCCUGUUUAGGUUGAGCUAUUGUCACUUUGUAAGAAUGGUUGAAUCAAUUGCCACUACAUCUCUUCUUGCGCAUCGACCAUUGUGUCGAGGGGCUUUUGUCAAGGAUGUCUCGUCUAAACGGAGAUCUCCAGAUAUCUUGCGGUUCCGGGUUAUAGAAUUUCACGGUCGAAGGCUUGUUGCUUUGCCUGCUUUGGCGAGAGUGAGAGCUGAUCGGUUGACUAUGUCUCCAAUUAAGGCUCUAGCGAUGGAGCUGACGAAAGAGGCGUAUUCAUACAGAGAAGAGAAAAUUCCUCAGGAUUGGAAUUUUGAUAUUGAUACUGACUUUGAUAGAAAACCUGGUUUGUGGCCACCGGAGAAUAAAGCCGACAACCCUUCACUACACAAUCCCCUGCUUAGACAAGAAAGGAUGGGUUGUGGUUGGCUAGGUGCCAUAUUUGAAUGGGAAGGAGUUCUAAUUGAAGAUAAUCCUGAUCUUGAGAAGCAAGCCUGGCUGGCUCUUUCUCAAGAAGAAGGAAAAUCUCCUCCCCCGGCUUUCAUUCUUAGAAGAAUAGAAGGCAUGAAGAAUGAGCAGGCCAUAUCUGAGGUUCUGUGCUGGUCAAGAGACCCAGCACAGUUGAGAAGAAUGGGUGCUAGGAAAGAAGAAAUUUACCAAGCUUUACAAGGUGGGAUUUAUAGACUACGAGCUGGGUCGAAAGAGUUUGUGAAUAUCUUGAUGCAUUACAAGAUACCUAUGGCAUUGGUUUCUACGCGUCCUAGAAAAACUCUUGAGACUGCAAUCGGAACAAUUGGUAUUGAAGGGUACUUUAAUGUGAUUGUAGCAGCAGAGGAUGUUCACAGGGGGAAGCCUGAUCCAGAGAUGUUUGCCUAUGCAGCACAGCUUCUGCAAUUUAUUCCUGAGCGGUGCAUUGUGUUUGGGAACUCAAAUCAGACGGUGGAGGCUGCUCAUGAUGCACGAAUGAAGUGUGUAGCUGUUGCUAGCAAGCAUCCUGUCUAUGAGCUUGGGGCCGCAGAUUUGGUGGUGAGGCACCUAGAUGAGCUUUCAGUGGUUGAUUUAAAGCAUCUUGCUGAUAUUGAAUCUCCUGAAUUUGGGACUGGAGAGCCAGAGUUGGAGCUGGAGGAGGAAGUUGACUACCCAUCCUCAUCAACCUUGGCAGCAGUCGAUGAUAGUUUCUGGUGAUCCAAUAAAAUGUACAGUUCACCAUUCUUCUUCUGAUUCUUGAUGAUAAUAGUCCUAUAUUGGCCAUGCUGUGUAUAAGGAUAACUGGCCAAAAAAAAAAAAAGGGCAAAGAAAGAAAAAAGAAAAAAAAGGAAAGAUAAAUAUAAAAAGGUGGUCUGCAUUAGACUACCUUAAUGUUAUCACGUAUGUAUUCUCUGUACAAUAUAUGUUUCUGAUACUUCUAACAUUUAUCUGGUGCUGCUUCUCUUCCAUCAAUAUUCAAUGAUUGAACUGUCUUAAUGGGAAUAUUGAUUCCUGAAUAGUUAUUUUGAUAUGGGAUAGAUUGGAAGAUGAUCAGAUUAUGUGUGUAUUAUUAAAAUUGAUUCCUGAAUA